GAACUUCGAGAGUCGCCCUAUACUAUACCUAAUGCCCUGACAAUAGCUCGCCUCGCGGCCUGCCCAUUUCUCGGCUAUAGCAUAGUACAGGGCGACUUUGUCUGGGCAACUAGCCUUUUGGUCGUCAGCGGCCUAUCCGACUGGCUUGAUGGCUACAUCGCUCGAAGAUGGAAUCAAGGCUCAGUCCUGGGCUCCAUUCUCGAUCCCGCAGCCGAUAAAGCGCUCAUGACAACGCUUGUCGGCACAUUGACCUGGACGGGGCUCUUGCCAAUACCCCUCGCGGUCCUCAUCAUCGGAAGAGACGUGGCUCUAUCGCUGAGCGCCUUUUAUUUCCGAUACGCCUCCCUGCCAAAACCCCGAACUCUGCGUCGAUACUUUGACCCCUCCCUCCCAUCUGCGGAAGUCAAGCCGACACAAAUCAGCAAGGUCAACACCGCCCUCCAGCUCGUCCUCAUGGGCGUGACGACUAUCUCGCCCUUGAUCCCUUUUCCUAUCGCCUCGGGCUUGUCGGCAUUACAGUGGACCGUCGCUGGGACGACAAUAUGGAGCGGAUUGAGUUAUAUCGGGAAGGGCAAGGGAGGGUUUACUGUACUAGGACGACCGAGAUGA